AUGUUGUCUCCCCAACCCAAUUUAAACACUUGUCAUGACUUAGCCAAGAUAACACCAAACCAUACUCUGCCGUGGAACCUGAGAAACGUUUCUUCUUCUUCUUCUUCUUCUUCUUCUUCUUUAUUCUCCUCCUCGCCCUUCUUCUUCUUCUUCUUCUUCUUCUCUAUUCUGAUCCUCACCCUUCUUCUUCUUCUCCUCGUCCUCCUCCCCCUCCUUCUUCUUCUUCUUCUUCUCUAUUCUGAUCCUCACCCUUCUUCUUCUUCUCCUCACCCUCCUCCUCCUUCUUCUUCUUCUUCUUUAUUCUCAUCCUCGCCCUUCUUCUUCUUCUCGCCCUUCUUCUUCUUCUCGCCCUCCUCCUCCUUCUUCUUCUUCCUCUUCUUCUUCCCACCUCUUCUUCUUUAUUCUCAUCCUCGCCCUUCUUCUUCUUCUUCUUCUCGCCCCCCCUCCUCCUCCUUAUUCUUCUUCUUCUUCUUUUUCUUCUCACCUCUUAUUCUUUAUUCUCAUCCUCGCCCUUCUUCUUCUUCUUCUUCCGCUUCUUCUUCCCACCUCUUCUUCUUUAUUCUCAUCCUCGCCCUUCUUCUUCUUCUUCUCGCCCCCCUCCUCGUCCUUAUUCUUCUUCUUCUUCUUCUUUUUCUUCCCACCUCUUAUUCUUUAUUCUCAUCCUCUCCUUCUUCUUCUUCUUCUUCUUCUUCUUCUUCUUCUUCUUCUUCUUCUUCUUCUUCUUCUCAUCCUCGCCCUUUUUCUUCUUCUUUGUCUACCUGUUUUUCCUUCACCUUUCCGCACUGUGAUGAUGAUAGUGGUGGUAAUGAUGGUGAUGAUGACGAUGAUGAUAAUGUUGAUGAUGAUGAUGAUGAUGAUUAUGGCGACAAUGAUGAUGACGGUGAUGGUGAUGUUGAUGAUGAUGGUGAUAAUUAUGGUGAUGGUGAUGAUGAUGAUGAUAGUGAUGAUUAUGGCGAUGGUGAUGGUGAUGAUGAUGAUGAUGGUGAUGAUUAUGGCGAUGGUGAUGGUGAUAGUGGUGGUAAUGAUGGUGAUGAUGACGAUGAUGAUGUUGAUGGUAAUGAUUAUGGCAAUGGUGAUGGUGAUGAUGAUGAUGAUGAUGGUGAUGGUGAUGAUGAUGAUGAUGAUGAUGAUGAUGAUUAUGGCGAUGGUGAUGGUGAUGAUGAUGGUGAUGAUUAUGGCGAUGGUGAUGGUGAUGAUGAUGAUAAUGGUGAUGAUUAUGGCGAUGGUGAUGAUGAUGAUGAUGGUGAUGAUUAUGGCGAUGGUGAUGAUGAUGAUGGUGAUGAUUAUGGCGAUGGUGAUGGUGAUGAUGAUGAUGAUGGUGAUGAUUAUGGCGAUGGUGAUGGUGAUAGUGGUGGUAAUGAUGGUGAUGAUGACGAUGAUGAUGAUGUUGAUGCUGAUAAUCAUGGCGACAAUGAUGAUGAUGACGGUGAUGGCGAUGAGGAUGAUGAUCAUGAUGGUGAUGAUGAUUAUGGUGAUGGUGAUGGUGAUGUCUGUAGUGAUGAUGGCGAUGGUGAUGAAGAUGAUGGCGGUGAUGAUGAGAAGAGGGAUACUGCGAAUCUGCACUAUCUAUCUAUCUAUCUAUCUAUCUAUCUAUCUAUCUAUCUAUCUAUCUAUCUAUCUCAUUCUAUUCAUAUCUAUCUAUCUAUCUAUCUAUCUAUCUAUCUAUCUAUCUAUCUAUCUAUCUCAGUCUGUUCGUAUGUAGAUCAGUCUCUUUCUUUCUUUCUCUCUUUCUUUCUUUCUCUCUUUCUUUCUUUCCAUCCCAGUCUGUUUGUAUCUAUUCCAUCUCAUUCUUCCUUUCUGUUUAUCUAUCUAUCUAUCUGUCUAUCACUGCCUGUUCGUAUCUAUCUAUCUAUCUAUCUAUCUAACACCAUUCUACAAGCUACAACGUAUUUCUUUUUCCUUUCGUUUUUUCUUUUCUGUUCGUAUCUAUGUCAGUAUCUUUCUUUCUAUCUUUCUAUCUAUCUAUUUCUCUAUGUAUGUAUGUAUGUAUGUAUGUAUGUAUGUAUAUAUCUAUCCCAGUCUGUUCGUAUCUAUCCCAGUCUGUUGCUUUCUUUCUUUCUUUCUUUCUUUCUUUCUUUCUUUCUUUCUUUAUCUAUCAAUCUAUAUAUAUUCCUAUGUAUGUAUGUAUGCAUGUAUGUAUCUCUUUUCAAUAUAUCUAUGUAUCUUAUUCUAUUCACACCUAUCUAUUUUCAAUACUUUCAUUUUCUAUCUAUCUAUCUAUCUAUCUAUCUAUCUAUCUAUCUAUCUAUCUAUCUAUCUAUCUAA